UUAGUUGAAAAGAUUUUUUGUCAAAUUGUUUUUGUUGCUGUAACAUCUUUGUUCACCAACAGCUUUGUUCCCGAGAAACAUUUUUUUUUCAGAUACCCGGACUUGUAGGGUCCGACAAUGGGAGUUGCAGCCCUUCCAUUGCUCUUGGUGUUAGCCCUGUCCAGCAUACAUCUGAGUAGAGCUAAAAUCUGGCAGAUUGAUAUCCCAGACAAUCUGGAGGAAUGUUACAAGCGUGUGAAGGACGUGGACGUGGAGACCUAUGUUGGCAGCCUCCACAGCUGGCAGUGUGAGCACGCUUUGAUCAACUCCAGCCUAACAUCAACUGCUACAGCUGAUGCAGACGCGUACAUCAAGUCACUUCGUGACAUUGCUAUCAAAAGUACAGGCAGAAAUACUCGCCAGAUAACAUCCAGGUGUGUCAGGAAAGAGUACCGCAUGUUGACUACAGAGGAGAGGACACGCUAUCACAAUGCAGUUGUGGCCCUGAAGAGAGACACAUCAGUGCGACCCAAUAAGUUUGAUGCUAUAGCCAACAUUCACACUGGACAGACGAACUUGAUUGCUCACGGUGGAGCGGGAUUCCUUGGCUGGCACAGAAUUUUUCUACUCAUCUAUGAGACAGCACUCCGACAAGUGGAUCCUCGAAUUUGUCUUCCAUACUGGGACUCUAGUCUUGAAGGUCAGCUAGCAAGACCACUAGAAUCAAGCCUUUGGACGCCGGAUUUCUUUGGAACACCUCGAGGUCCGGUUGUGGAUGGCCCUUUUGCGGGCUGGAGACUACCUACUGGGGUCCAGCUAAUAAGAAAUGCAGGUGUUGAUGGAGAUCUACUGACCCCUCAAAUAAUCAGCAAUAUUCUUACAAGACGAAGAUAUGAAGAGGUAGUACAGACAAGUGCCUCCCCCCAGUACGAUAUUGAACUUCAGCACGGCACGGCGCACAUGUAUGUGGGUGGAGUCAUGACCAGACUGGACACUGCAGCCUUUGAUCCUAUUUUCUUCAUGCAUCACGCCUUCAUUGACUACAUCUUUGAGAUGUUCAGAAACAGACUGAGAAGCAUUGGUGUAAAUCCAGCACAGUACCCAAGAUCGAACAGCAACUUUCGACACGAACCAACUGCAACGACUGGCUUUGGCAGCUACACCCAAGAAUACGGCUACUCUGACGCACUGGCCAGUAGAACGACGUACGAACCGGUUCCAACGUGUUCUGCACGCUCUCCAACUUGCGGAGUAGGUAGUUCCUUGGUGUGCGAAGUGUCUACCGGCCGAUGUCUGCCAGCCCUAAGGUCGCCCAGGUCUAAACGCCAAAGCUCUGACAAAGUUCCUGAUACCUGCAACGUGGAGAGAAACUACGCUAUACCCAAUCAGAACGACUAUUGCUGUGAAGACCAGUGUGAUAUUAAGGAGUGGGUGAUGAUCCCUGUGAAGAUAGUCAACAUGAGACCCCCAAGAUUUAGGAAGUACAAAAGUUUCCCCGUCAAAGAUGGUGUGGUAAUGGAGAUGAAUGACAUCUACUCGCCCAAACUGUAUGAGGACACUAAAAGGUACAUAUCAGACAAACAGUCCAACCUUAAAACGUACUCCAGAUGUGAAGAGGACAAUUCCGUUGGUCAAAUCUUCUUGUAUUCUCACGGAAUGAACUACGCAGGCUACUAUAAAGAAUCCACCAUUGUUGACCAAAAGUUGACCGUGUCAGUAUCCAUGGGAUACAUUGGUGUCAAGAAACCGGCCGAUGGUGCUAUAAGUAAAGCCAUAGUCAGGGCCCAUGACUCUUGUGGACGUGUGUGUCACGUGGCCUGCAGGGACAAAGAGGCAAGAGAGUACAGUAUUUGUUCCGGGGCCAUAGCGGUCAAUAAUCAGAGGCCUCUGAUGUACGGGAAUAAGUUUGAUGAAGCUCUCUUGAAUAUUUUUGAAUAUUCACCGGACAGUCCCCUGCCUAAGUUCAAGGUAGACAACUUGUUUUUGACUUUCUAUUGCGACUACCGUAGUGACUACCCCUUCGCCAAUUUGCCUUCCAAAAAGAAAUAACACUUCAGUUUCGAUGUUUCCUGCUGUUGAAAAACAAAUUGAAUGAGAACAUAUUUCAACUAGAACACAGUUGUUGGGUGUAAUUGUUGUCUUUGCUUCAGAGAAGUUUGUCAUCGAUUGAAAAUAAAUUAUUAUUACUAAAUA